AGAUUCAGGAAGGUUUGGGUGUUUCCCAUGAGGUCCUGCUGAGGCUCAGCCUCUCCCAGGCCAUGCUCAUCCCUCUGCUAAAUCCACUCCACGUACCUCAGCGUCCCCCCUUGUCAAAUCCACUCACUCCUGUGCUGUCACUGAGCAUUAAAGGGAUCCUUUGCUGGUAAAUGGGCACAAGCCUCGAAGGCUGCCACCCCUCCAAGGGGGAUUGCAAGCUGCUACAGACAUAGAAAUACUCCCUGGAAUGCGUCUUUCCUCUCCUGACGCUUCCUGGAGCAAGUCCCAGACAAUGAGCCCGGGAGGGAAGAAGGAUGCUUGCAGUGCCUAAGGAUGUUUUCCUUCCCACAACAACAACAAAAAAAGGAACAAUCUCAGCUCGGGCAAGAGGGAAAUGUCCCGAUGCUGAAACACAGCUGGGGCAAGAUGGAAAUGUCCUGAUGCUGACCCAGCGGCCAGAGCAGGGAAGCGGGAUGGGGACCAGCGAUGCAGAGGGGGAACUACAAUUCCCAGAAGGCAGCGCAAGCCGGGGACCCUUCCAGCUUCCCACCAACGCAACGGUGCAGAAGAAAGACUCAUCAGGGAGAAAUUCCCCUCCGCUCCCUCCCAGCGCUCCCGCCAACACCUUGACGGUGGCGUGGAAAUCCCUCCGGGCGUUCCGAGCUCAGAGCAUCUUCCCUGUCCCCUCCCUGCUCCGCCAACCUUUCCUCUUCGGCUUUGUUUGGCUUCACCCUUCCUCCGGUAGCUCUCUCUGCUCUGGCCACAGACUUCCUUUAGGUCAGCCCGGCUCUGGCCGCGACACAACUCCCAGUCCAGUCACACGGUUGUGCCGCCGAGGAUGCCCCGGAGGAGGGAGAUGCCCGCCCGAACCUGAGGCACCGCUCAGCUGCCCACUCAGGACAUCACUGACUUGUCCUCCCCUGUGCAUGGAGAUCUUCCAGCCCAAAGCAGUUUUUCUGGCAAUUCGAGUCUCCAGGAAUACCAGAGAAGCCUUUCCAGGAAUGCCAGAGAAGCCUGUCCAGAUGAGAGGAGGCAGGAGAUGGAGUUACAAGGAUGAGGAAUGAGGAAUACCACACAGUCCAUGUUGGCCCAGAGCUGGCAUACAGCAUGGCAUACACCUGUUUCCUACAGGGAAUAAAGUGCAUCCGUUCAAGUACACUUUGAUGUGUGUGUCCUGAUGGCUUUUGUAUCCCCACAGACAGUCCAUCCCCAUGACUCUGUGGCUCUACUGUACCCAUCAGCUGCUUAGCAGCCCCACGAGGUGCAGGGUAGUGGGGCACUGCUGCCAUGAAGGACAUUUUUAAGCACAGGGUGCCAAAGACCCACCUGUGUCAGGAGUGUGGGAAAUCCUUCAGCAAGAAGGGAAACCUGAGGAGACACCAGCGGAUCCACACGGCCGAGGAGCUGUUCACCUGCGGGGAGUGUGGGAAGCACUUCACCACCCAGGGCCACCUCACCACCCACCAGAGCAUCCACACGGGAGAGAGACCCUUCUGCUGUGGGGAGUGUGGGCGCUGCUUCUGCCUGGAGAUGUGCCUGGCUGCCCACCAGAGGACACACGCCAAGGGGGGCCCCUUCCCCUGCGCCCGCUGCGGGAAGAGCCUGAGCACCAGGAUCUACUUCAACAUCCACAUGCGCACCCACAGGGAGAGGAGGCCGUUCGCCUGCACGGAGUGCGGGAAGAGCUUUGUGAAGAAGGGCACCCUCACCACCCACAGGGAGACCCACAGGAGGGAGAAGCCCUUCAAAUGCCCCGAGUGCAGCAGGUGCUUUGGGCAAAGGGCCACGCUGGUGGCUCACCAGAAGAUCCACCUGAGGGGGGGACCCUUCAUCUGCACGGAGUGUGGGAAGAGCUUGAGCACCAAGAGGUAUUUCGAUGUCCACCAGAGGAAUCAUGCUAAGCAAAAGGGGCACAUCAACAGCGUGUCUCUCCGGGUCAUCCAGGUUAAAGAGGAGCCUGAGUUUGCCCUCAGGUCAGAGGAGAGUGUGUUGGAGAAUAUGACUCGUGAAGGAGAUGUAGCCCAGGGGUGUAGCAUACCUAGAAACCCAUCUAAUCCAAAAAACUCUCCUUGGAAAAUCCAGGUGAAGGAGGAGCCAGAGCCACCCACUGAUGACACAGCAAGCACUACUGCAGUAGCCUGCCAGAAACUUUACAUCAAGGAAGAGUCACCAGAAAACCUGGACUAUGGAAAGCUCUUUGAUCCAAAGAUCCCACUGCUGGCUUUACAGGGGAGACAGCCUAAAAAGGAAGAAGAUGCUGAUGGGCAGCACGAACAGGAAGUCGCUAUAACCAGUAACCACGUGCUCCAUGUGAAGGAAGAACCAGAGGAAAACACUGACUUUGGGAUGCAUUAUGGACAGAAGCCAAACCCCAGUGCUAUCCAAAGGAUCCAGAUUAAAGAGGAACCUGGUGUGGAGGCCAACCAGGAGAGCCCAAAGAGGAAGCAGAAGAAACACUGCCAGUCCACCAAAGAGGGGAUGCUGGAGAACCAGGAGAAAUCCACGUCCAAGAGAGAUCCCUCAGCAAAAGGAGCUCCCAAGGGUGAGCGGAUGUUUCCCUGCCCCGAGUGCGGGAAGAGUUUCAACCAGAAGUCGAACCUGACCAGGCACAGGAAGAUCCACACGAGCGAGGGGCCCUACAAGUGCGGGGAGUGCGGGGAGAGCUUCCGCAUGAGCCGCAAGCUGGUCCGGCACCAGCGCGCCCACCUGAGCGAGCCCUUCAAGUGCCCCGAGUGCGGGAAGAGCUUCACCCAGCGAUCCAACCUGGUCCGGCACCAGAGGAUCCACACCAAGGAGGAGCCCUACCAGUGCCCAGAGUGCGAGAAGACCUUCAACCAGAAGGCCAACCUCUUCCGCCACCAGUCGAUCCACGUCCGCAUGGGGCCUUGCAAGUGCACCAAGUGCGGGAAGUGCUUCCCGCAUAAACGCCUCCUGAUCAAACACCAGCUGCUCCACUCCCGGGGGGGAGCCUACAAGUGUGGGGUCUGUGGGAAGCGCUACCGGCUGAAGAAGUACCUGAAGAGGCACCAGAAGAUCCACGCGCGGGAAGGAACUGCUCCCUGCUCAGAGCUUGGGGAGACCACAGAGACUGGACCCCACCACGCUGAACAGAGGGCACUGGCCCCCAUGAAGAGUGAAGAGGAGAGCUGAGCAGUGGGAUGUCUGCUCCUGUGGGAAAGUCCUUUAGGAAAGGGGAGAGAUGGAGACAAACUGCUUGCCUUAUGUGUGAGGGUGGGCGGGUCAACCUGAAGGUUCAGCGGGGUCAAGGGGCAGAGGAGAGAUGGAAAACAGUAGUCAGGCACUUUUCUGAGGACAACCCUUGGGCUAUCACUUGUUCACAGCUGUGGGAUGGAGCUGAGAACCCAAGCACUUGAAGGUGGAGGGAUAAGAGCUUGGCAUCCUUUGUGUGCGUGUGCUAUUAAAGUUGUGGAUGCCGAAAUUAUCUUGUGUGGACGAUAUGUAGCCAGGAGGACCAGGCAGGAUUUCUUUUUGUUAGGUUACUGUGUUUCUGAGAAAAAUGAAGAGAACCUCUCCCAACUGGUCAAGUGUUUAAAGCAAGAGCCAAGUCUCCUGUUCUCCCUCACGUAUCUCUGAUCCACACCUUUAUUCUCCUGGGCUGAUGGACACUUGUCCACUGGGAGAAGCUACUGCCAGCCAGACCAGGGUUCUAAGCCUCAAAUCCCCCAAACCAGGCUCCCAAAUUGGCUUAAGCCAGAUCCCUGAACUGGGCAUGAUUUAGCAAGUUCAAACCAAGUAGCAGGAAUAGUUGAAAACGUCUUCAGGCUUUAUGAACUAGAGAAUUGAAAAUGAUUUUCCUAUUGGGAUGUUUUCCCUUCCCAGUGCAAAGGAGACUGUGCAGCUACUCAAAAGCAUGGACAGUUCAGCAGUUGUUAUCAGUCACUGCUGAUGGUUUGUUUGAGUGUUCCCUGGUCAGAUGAAUCUUUGUGUCUUGAAAGCCCCUGGUGGAGUUGUGAUGGAAUCCACAAACUGGUUCCUGUGAAGUUUCCCCUCAAAUCCCUCUGAUCUGGUGGAGAUUCUUUUUUGGGACAGAAAAGGCUGACAUACAGGGGAAAACAACAAGUUUAGGAUGUUCCAGGGGAGACUUAAGGAACACCCUUGUUAGAAAAAUGGAUCUGGGCCAUAUGCUGGGUAGAAAUCUCUCUGCAGGGCUGGGAAACCAUGUUUUUGGGAACAAUAAGGCUGAGCCAAACUAGCCAAACAAAGCAGCCUCUUUUUGGCUUGAGGAGUAGGUUAGGGAUACAGUAGAGAAUGACAGUAAGAGAAAAUGCUCACCAGAUGGAUGGCAUUUAUUUCCUUUUCAUUAGCUGAGCACAUUCAGGCUGUAGAGACUUUUACCAGGAAGAAGAACAGGUAUGAGAGGUUUCCCAGUUGAAUUAUUGUUUCCAUGCAAUAAGUCAGUGCCAGUAGGUUUCCUGGACAUCAUCGGAUCUUCCAUCACUAUGGGUGUCCAAGCUUUUGGGGAAGAUGAGGGCUGAUAGUUUGUAAUAUCUUCUCAAUAAACAAGUAUUUAAAGAAAAAAAGGAACAAA